AACAAUAAACAAAUAAAAUAUAAAAUAUAAAAAAAUUCUGAAUUUAUUUUUCAUCUUAAAACCCUUACCCUUUAAAUUCUUUCAAAAAUCAUCCCAAAUUCUACCUUGUCUUCUCCGAUCUGCAACAAACAUUUGGGCAUUUUUGUUUUGCGAAAAGGGUGAAUCAAGAUGAAAAACGUUGAGAGGAUUGCGAAUUUGGCUUUGGCAGCUUUAACCUUAGCACCUCUUGUUGUGAAGAUAAAUCCAAAUCUAAAUGUUAUCUUGACUGCUUGCAUCACUGUGUUUGUGGGAUGCUAUCGUUCCGUCAAACCAACUCCUCCUUCUGAGACAAUGUCCAACGAACAUGCCAUGCGUUUUCCCUUUGUUGGGAGUGCAAUGUUAUUAUCACUUUUCUUGCUCUUCAAGUUUCUAUCUAAGGACUUGGUCAACACUGUCUUGACACUCUACUUCUUUGUACUGGGGAUCGUUGCCUUAUCGGCAACAUUACUACCAUAUAUCAAACGAUUUUUGCCAAAGCCUUGGAAUGAUGAUCUCAUAGUCUGGCACUUUCCAUAUUUUCGUUCUUUGGAGAUUGAGUUUACAAAGUCACAGAUCAUCGCUGCAAUCCCUGGAACCUUUUUUUGCGGAUGGUAUGCUUUAAAGAAGCAUUGGCUGGCAAAUAAUAUACUGGGUCUUGCUUUCUGUAUUCAGGGAAUUUGCAUGGGAUCGCCAGAAGAGGGAAUUGAAAUGCUCUCUCUUGGGUCUUUCAAGACUGGUGCUAUUCUGUUGGUUGGACUCUUUUUUUACGACAUUUUCUGGGUUUUCUUCACGCCGGUGAUGGUUAGCGUUGCAAAAUCAUUUGAUGCUCCAAUAAAGCUCUUGUUCCCCACAGCAGAUUCUAAAAGGCCAUUUUCGAUGCUUGGACUUGGUGAUAUUGUUAUCCCUGGAAUCUUUGUAGCAUUAGCCUUGCGUUUUGAUGUUUCUAGAGGAAAGCAACCCCAAUAUUUUAAGAGUGCAUUUUUAGGAUACACUUUCGGCAUUGGCCUCACAAUAUUUGUGAUGAACUGGUUUCAAGCUGCCCAGCCUGCUCUUUUAUAUAUUGUACCUGCUGUUAUUGGAUUUUUGGCUGCUCACUGUAUCUGGAACGGUGAUGUCAAACAGUUAUUGGAGUUCGAUGAGUCGAAGACGGCCAAAUCAUCUGAAGAAGAGAGUGAUGCCGCCAAAUCUAGCGAAAAGAUUGAACCAUCUGGAGAAGAGAGUGAUGCCAAAUCUAGCAAAAAAGAUGAAUAAAACAGUUUCAAUACAAAUACUUGAGUCAUAGAAUACCUCAUUACAUGUAAUAGUAAUAACUUAUUCAGCACCAAACACUAAUAGAUUUUGUUAUCGAGAAAAAUUAUUAGUCUUAUUUUCGGCACUUGAUUAAGGUUUGUUUCGUGUUAUUGUUUCUCAAUACUAUUUUCAUUUUUCUUGAUAAA